AUGCACAAACUGCAGCAGUACCUGCUAAUGAAAAAAGAGUCAUUGCCAUCAACCGUUGCAUCACCAGCCUCUACUGCAACUCCUUACUCCCAAGAUUCACCAGCAUCAGCAGCUGUAGGAGCACCAUCUGUGUCUACUGGCAGAGGACAUGUUCAUGACAACAUGUCCAUCAAAACCUCCGUCUCCAUGAGGCACCAACACACCCUGCACGUCAGCCUGGGCCGCCAGCACCAACACGCCCUGCAUCUCAGCCUGUGCCACCAGCAUCAACACGCCCUGCAUCUCAGCCUGUGCCACCAGCAUCAACACGCCCUGCAUCUCAGCCUGUGCCACCAGCAUCAACACGCCCUGCAUCUCAGCCUGUGCCACCAGCAUCAACACGCCCUGCAUCUCAGCCUGUGCCGCCAGCAUCAACACGCCCUGGAUUUCCACCCUCACUUCCACUGCCCAGAUAUGACCAAGAAAUGAUUCACUGGAACUGCUCUCAACAGCAAAAGGUAUGGAUGAAGAUGGAGCUGGAAGCCAUGGG